AUGCUUGCUAUCUCAGUCGCAACCGUAACUGUUGCCACGUACACCACUCCGAGCCUGGACAAGCCCUCGUGGACCCCACCGGGGUGGGUGUUCCCAGUGGUGUGGAUCAACCUCUACAUCAUGAUGGGCGUCGCUGCUUGGCUCGUGUGGCUGCAAGGAGGAUUCUCUGUGCAAGCUCUUCCGCUGGGCAUAUACCUGUUUCAGUUGCUGCUCAACUUCCUCUGGACGCCACUCUUCUUUGGCAUGCACAAGAUUGACUGGGCACUAGCAGAGAUAGUGCUGCUGUGGAUGGCGGUGUUGGUCACCACCAUCGUCGUCUUCUGCCCCGUCAGGCCUUUCCCACGUGCCUCUACCAAACCCCACAUUUCCCCUCUCCCCCACCUCGUCCCUGCAGGACUGGGCGCUGGCGGAGAUAGUGCUGUUGUGGAUGGUGGUCUUCUGGCCUAUAGUGCUGCUGUGGCUGUCAGUGUUCAGCACCAUCGUUGUCUUCUGGCCUGUCAGCAAGCUCGCCUCCAUUCUCCUCUGGCCCUACAUCGUCUGGGCAUCCAUCGCCACGAGUCUCAACUGCGCGCGACGUCAUCCGCGCUCUCCCUCGCCACCCGCGCCUGUCCUCUUCACUCGCGCCUACCCUCGUCACUCGCGCCUGCCCUAUUCACUCGCGCCUGCCCGGGAUUCCGUGCUUCCCCUCGUCAUGCGCUACCCUUCGUCACCCGCGUGACGCUUCGUCACGCGCGUUUCCCUUCGUCACGCGCGAUUCCCUUCGUCACGCGCAUUUCCGCUGCGUCGCGCACGUGCCUUCUCGUCACGCGCGCUUCCCCUCGUUGCGCGCUCUCCUCCCCUCGUCACGAGCGUUUCCCCUCGUUACGUGCUAUCCUCCCCUCGUCACGCGCGCUUCCACCCGUUACGCGCACUCCUCCCCUCGUCACGGGCAGAGCGGGAGGGACAGAGGGGGAUGGACAGCUGAGGGGGGGAUGGUGUCACAGUGAAAGAAUGAUUGGGGGGCGGGGGACGGGAAGGGAACGGGCGGGGGAGAUGAGAAGGACAGAAGGGGAGAGACAGAGGGGGGAGGAACAGGGGGGAGGACAGAGGGGGAGAAACAGAGGGGGAAGGACAAAUGGGGAGAGACAGAGGGGGAAGGACACAGCUCUGUUUACCCCCCAAUCUAUUCUCCUUUGCCUCACCUGCUUCCCCCCUCCCUCCUGCCCUGCUUCCCCCAUCCCUCUGCCCUGCUUCCCCCCUCCCUCCGCCCUGCUUCCCCCCUCCUUCUGCCAUGCUUCCCCCAUCCUUCUGCAAUGCUUCCCCUCCCCUUCUGCCAUGCUUCCCCCCUCCUUCUGCCAUGCUUCCCCCCUCCUUCUGCCAUGCUUCCCCCAUCCCUCUGCCCUGCUUCCACCCUCCCUCCGCCCUGCUUGCCCCAUCCCUCUGCCAUGCUUCCCCCCUCCCUCUGCCCUGCUUCCCCCCUCCCUCCGCCCUGCUUCCCCCCUCCCUCCGCCCUGCUUCCCGCCUCCCUCCGCCCUGCUUCCCCCCUCCCUCCGCCCUGCUUCCCCCCUCCCUCCGCCCUGCUUCACCCCUCCCUCCGCCCUGCUUCACCCCUCCCUCCGCCCUGCUUCCCCCCUCCCUCCGCCCUGCUUCACCCCUCCCUAUGCCCUGCUUCACCCCUCCCUCCGCCCUGCUUCACCCCUCCCUCCGCCCUGCUUCCCAUGGCCCUCCGCCCUGCUUCCCCCCUCCUUCUGCCAUGCUUCCCCCACCCUCCGCCCUGCUUACCCCCACCCUCAGAGAGGUGAGCGCCACGCACCACGUGAGCCUUUGAUUUCCCCGGCCUGCCCCUCCUCUCCCUCGAUCUCACCAUCUUUCCUCUCCCUCCCCAUGUGCCUCUCCUCUCCCUCCCCAUGUGCCUCUCCUCUCCCUCCCCAUGUGCCUCUCCUCUCCCUCCCCAUGUGCCUCUCCUCUCCCUCCCCAUGUGCCUCUCCUCUCCCUCCCCAUGUGCCUCUCCUCUCCCUCCCCAUGUGCCUCUCCUCUCCCUCCCCAUGUGCCUCUCCUCUCCCUCCCCAUGUGCCGCUCCUCUCCCUCCCCAUGUACCUUUCCACCCAUCGCUCAUCCCUUUGUUUCCACUUCAAGCAGGACUAG